AUGUCCGAUUCAAGCGGCCAGGCUUCUGCCGGGGGCGCAGCGCCUCCUCCAGCCACCGCCAUCGCUGCACCGCUGAACCCUGCGCUGGCGAAGGCUGCCGCCGAGUCAGCCGCUGCUAUCGCCUUGGCCUGCACCCCGCAGGCGGUUCAGCAGCAGCAGGCUGCCCGCCUGGCUGCGGUGCGUCUGGAGCACGCAUGUGGGACCACCCUGGCGGCACUGUGCCCUCGGGAGAAGCUGAUCCCCAUCCCGGGCCACGCCAUCAGGGCAGCGGACGGGAGCGGCUUGCUGAUGGUGCCAGCCUACCAGCGCAUCACCUUCAUCCCUGGCCAGACCACGGUGGACGAGAAUGGCGUGACCAAGACCACCCCCAACCGCCGCAUGUAUUCUGUGGUGGAGGGGGACCCAGUGCCGCUGAAGCCGCCCACGGCGGAGGAGUUGGCAGCCUUUGACAGGGCGGUGCAGAAGGCAAAGGCCGAGCGGGGCCAGGAGCGGGCGCAGCUCUUCGCCGAGCUGGCCAAGGACGCGGAGGAGCACGACGGCGGCAGCGCAACCAAGCCCGCAUCACCGGACUUUAUGUUCAGGGUGCGCGCCCCGCAGCAGCGCCCCGCCCCGACCAGCCGCAGCGGGCGGCAGCUGCUGGAGCCGCGGUACAGCGACCCGCUGGAUGGGGGUGACAGCUCGUCUGCGCUGGAGUGGGAGGGGGAGCCCAUCCUCAACCUUGUCACCGCUGUGCUGGGGGCGGGCGUGCUGGGCUUCCCCUUCUGCUUCAAGACGUGCGGGCUGGGCCUGGCGGUGGUGCUGGUGCUGGUCACUCUGGCGGCGGCGGAGCUCAGCAUGCGGCUGCUGCUCAUGAGCAGCCAGCUGACGGGCAAGCGGUCGUACGAGGAGCUGGCGAGGCACACGUACGGGCGGGCGGGGCAGGCCGCCGUCGACUCCUGCAUCAUCGCCAUGAACGUGGGCUCGGUGGUGGCCUACCUCAACAUACUCACAGACACCAUCAGCAGCGUGGCAGGCACGGUGAUCCCCCCCGGGGCGGAGCCGUCCCGCAACAUGAUGCUGGGCGUGGUGACGAUGGCGGGCUGCCUGCCCGUGGCGCUGCUGGUGAAGAGCGCGCAGCUGCUGACCGCCGUCUCCUCCCUCUCAAUGGUCUUCCUGCUCUUCUUCUGCGCCCUCAUCGCCCUGCUGCCCUUCUCGCCCACACCAAACACAGGCGCGCGCGGCGGGGGAUGGCGCCCGCUGCUGUGGUGGCGGUGGGAGGGCGUGCUGGUGGCCUUCCCCAUCGUCUCCUACGGCUUCACCGCCCACCAGUACCUGUUCAACAUCUACCCCGCCGCCCAGCGCCCCUCCAUGCGCAAGAUGACGGCGGCGGUGCAGCGAGGCAUGCUGCUGUCGGCAGCCAUCUAUGUGGCCGUCGGCGCCUGCGGCUACUCCGCCUUUGGGGCCAGGUGUCGCGCGUUCGACCUCCUUAAUAAGCUGACCCAGACGGAGGGGCAGCCCAAGGGCGCCCAGACCAUCCCGCGCGCGGAGCUGCAGCGCUGCACAGGCUUGUGCUUUGCCAGCGUGAAGAAGGCGGGCCUGCUGGCGACACUUGAGGGCGGCGAGGGCUUCGUUAUCGCCAAAAUCAACAGCCCCGACGCCACCACCUGGUCGGCGCCCCUGUUCAUCAAGCUGUUUGCGGGCGGCCUGGGCCUCACAAUGGGCUACUCGCAGAUCGACAGCCUGAUUGUGCUGGACACGCAAGAAGCCGUGCAGCGCUACUCCCGCCCCCACAAGUUUGAUCUGAACAUGGAGGCGGCCGCCGUGGGGCCCUUCAACAACCUGGCGGCGCACGACGAUGCGUCAGUGGGCGCCCUAGGCGACGAGUCAUUCAUCUACUCGGUGGCAAAGGGCACCCUUGUAGACAUCAGCUACAAGGGGUUGAGGUAUACCCUGGAUGAAUCCAAGAACCGGGCACUGUAUGGGGACGCCUCCCCCGCGGACAUCCUGGCGGGCACUGUGCAGCCCCCAGCGGCGAUGCAGGAGCUGCAGGGAGCGCUGACGUCGUUCAUGAAGACGGGCCGCCUGCAACACAUCCCUGACGAGCACUGA